AAAAAUAAUAGUCUUCCCAUUGUAUUACUUUGGAAGAAAUUACACAAACCUUGCUCAAGUGUUCUUCCCUUAGUAUCAUUUCUUUUUUCUUUUUUUUGGUUCAAAUUAAAUUUAUCCUUUCUUUACUUCUCAAAUAUUUGAUAUAAUAAACCCUUUUUCUUAAAACCUAUCUAUCCUGAUUAUUUCUGCAAUUUAUGAAAUGGGCGUUGAAAAGCUUAGAUCUUGUACAAUCUACCUUGAGAACUCUAAGCCCUACAUUGCUAUGAUCCUUUUACAAUUUGGCUAUGCAGGCAUGAUUAUUAUAAGCAAGCUUUCUCUCAAUGGAGGCAUGAGUCAUUAUGUCCUUGUUGUUUAUCGCCACGCUUUUGCAACCGUUGCUAUAGCUCCAUUCGCCAUAAUCUUUGAAAGGAAGUCUCAACCAAAGAUUACAUUUCCCAUUUUCAUUCAAAUUUUCCUCCUAGCUUUGCUUGGGCCGGUGAUAGAUCAAAACUUAUACUAUGCUGGGUUGAAAUUAACAUCUCCAACCUUCUCAUGUGCAAUGACCAAUAUUCUUCCAGCAAUGACUUUUGCAAUGGCUGUUUUAUGCCGGAUGGAAACGGUUAACAUGAAGAAGUUAAGAUGCCAAGCAAAGGUGAUUGGAACCAUUUUAACUGUGGCUGGGGCAAUGUUGAUGACCUUAUACAAAGGUCCUAUUGUGGAGUUAUUUUGGACUGGACAUAUAUUUCAUAGUAAAAGCAAUGCAACAAACAUCACAAGAUCCUCAAGCAAGAAUAAUUGGUUUUUAGGUUCCAUUUUACUAAUCAUUUCUACCAUUGCAUGGGCAUCACUCUUUGUUUUACAAGCUAAAGCAAUAGAAACAUACAAGAAUCAUCAGCUAACACUCACAUCACUUAUAUGUUUCUUUGGCACGAUUCUAUCUUUUGUGACCACUUUGAUUAUGGAACACAAUGCUUCUGUGUGGACAAUUGGUUGGGAUAUGAAUUUAUUUGCUGCUGCCUAUGCCGGGAUUGUUGCAUCAAGUAUAUCAUACUACAUACAAGGAUUGGUUAUAAAAAAUAAAGGGCCUGUUUUUGCAUCAUCAUUUAGCCCUUUGAUGAUGAUCAUUGUAGCCAUCAUGGGGUCCUUUAUCCUUGCAGAGCAGAUUUUUCUUGGAAGCGGAAAUACCAAAAGGACAAACUUUCUCUUCUAGAUAAGAUCACCAUCCUCUCCCAAAGCAAGAGAGACGUUGCUAGCACUUGCCUCAGAGUUUUCUUUCAGCGUCUUGUGUAAUCCUGAUUGUAUCAGCACAUCCUUGACACAUACUUUCCACAAGGCAAAGUUGAUUCGUCCAUCAAACUUCUCUAUGCCAAACUUCAUUGCGUUUGAACAAGACAUAGAAGUUGCACAAUACCAUCCUUCUUCAGCACUUUCACAAUAUCACACUUUUUUUUUCUUCUGAUGUAGAAGAUCAGACAAUGCUGCAACCACGGAGCAUACUAAGAAUUGUGAUAUCUCACCGAAUCGAAGCUCAUGAUACCACUGUUAUGAAAUAAUAGGGCUGAAGAAGAAAAAUAAUCGCAAUCACUACACAAGAAUAUAACGAGGAAACUCCAAAACCGGAGAAAAAACCACUAUCGUUGUCUUAACCGACAACCAGAGAAUUAUUACUAUGUGAAUUUUUUUUACCACACAUAGACUUCUUUCACUCCCACCUCAAUGUCCCAGGACAACCACACUCUCACAAAGCAAAUAUUUAAAUUAAGUCAGAUAUAAAUAAGUUUAAAGUUCUAUUGACUGAUGCAUCUAAAAACAAGGAACCUAGGUUUAAUAUAUAGCCUUGGUCUUCCCUUUGCUUCACCAAACUAAGCGAUAUGAGACUUCUCUAAUAACUAAUAUUUUUUAAACUCUUUUUUUAUUCAAGAAAUUUGACAAUCAAACUCAACAUAAGGCUUAUUAAUUACCAAGAUGACACCUCUUGGAGUGAAAAUAACUUUAAAGAGUUUUAGUUUGUGUGUUAGACAGGAUCGCCUGAGGGUGGGCACAAAUUUUUUUUGGGACAUAUGCUAACAAGUAUUUAAGGGACAUUAGGUUUUAUGAAAAAUAUUGCUCGCAAAAUUAGCUGCCUUCAUAUUAAUUACAAAAAAUUAAAAUGAGUCAAUAAUAAAAAUAA